CGGAAGUAGUCGCGCAUCGCAACCCCGCCCCCACGUCCGUCCCCGGCCCUGCGGCCCGCACUCAGCGGCGCGAAGCGCGGAUCCAAGAUGGCGGCUGAGUUGGAGUACGAGUCUGUGCUGUGUGUGAAACCAGACGUCAGCGUCUACCGGAUUCCACCCCGGGCCUCCAACCGCGGGUACAGGGCAUCUGACUGGAAAUUAGACCAGCCUGAUUGGACUGGUCGCCUCCGAAUCACUUCAAAAGGGAAGAUUGCCUAUAUCAAACUGGAAGAUAAAGUUUCAGGGGAGCUCUUUGCUCAGGCACCAGUGGAACAAUAUCCUGGUAUUGCUGUGGAGACAGUGACAGAUUCCAGCCGUUACUUUGUAAUCAGGAUCCAGGAUGGUACUGGGCGCAGUGCAUUCAUUGGCAUUGGCUUCACAGAUCGGGGAGAUGCCUUUGACUUUAAUGUCUCCUUACAAGAUCACUUCAAGUGGGUAAAGCAGGAAACUGAGAUUUCCAAAGAAUCUCAGGAAAUGGACAGUCGUCCCAAGUUGGAUCUAGGCUUCAAGGAAGGACAGACCAUCAAGUUGAGUAUUGGGAACAUUACAACCAAGAAAGGUGGUGCUUCUAAGCCCAGGACUGCAGGAGCUGGGGGCCUAAGUUUACUUCCCCCACCUCCAGGAGGCAAAGUCACUGUCCCCCCGCCAUCCUCAGUUGCUAUCAGCAAUCAUGUCACUCCGCCACCCAUUCCCAAGUCUAACCACGGAGGCAGCGAUGCAGAUAUCCUUUUAGAUUUGGAUUCUCCUGCUUCUGUCACGACACCAGCACCAGCUCCAGUUUCUGCAAGCAAUGACUUGUGGGGAGACUUCAGUACUGCGUCCAGCUCUGUUCCAAACCAGGCACCACAGCCAUCCAACUGGGUCCAGUUUUGAGUAGCAUUGGCAGGACAUUAAGGACAGACUUGAAGAAUAAAACUAACCUUGAGGGCACCAAUCUUCGAGGGAGGUUAGGAACCCUUUUCCCUCCCCAGAACCAAAAUUGAUGGACAAUCUUUUUCAUAGCUUCUCCAUUGUAUUCAGGCUGAUUUAUGUCACUCCCCUAUGUUGUUACUUGCUGUACAGCCAAGAGGGAUCUGUUAUUUAAUGCUCAUUACCACAGCAAGAGAAUAGUGGAUCUUACCAUACCUAUGGCUGACUGCAGAGUUCAGUAGGCCAGUGACUUUUUGAGAGGGGAAUGACUUCUAACAUUUGUAAAGAUUUUCUCCAUCUUCUAAAUUCUUGAACUUAUUUCAGAAUCAUCUCAUAAUCCUUGUGUGCCUCUUUGUGAAGCCCUCUUUACCAAUUUCAGGGGAAAGAAAAGCCUUGAAACUUUUUUUUUUUUGGUACCGGGGAUCAAACUCGGGACCUUGUGCUUGAGAGGCAGGCAGUGGCACCACUGAGCUACAUCCUGGCCUUUUUUUUUUUUUAACCCAAAACUCUAAAAAUGGAUGGGCUGACCUCAGUAUUUACAAAUUUCAGAAUUUUGAAGCUUGGGCUUCAUAGUGACCUCAAGGCCAGCCUGAACUACAGAGCAAGAUCCUGUCUCAAAAAAAAAAAAAAAAAAAGAGACUAUGGAUAGAGGUGGAUUUGGAGAAAGCUGUGUGUCCUGGGUCUCUUCUUUCCAGCCUCCAGGGUUCCCCUGUUCAGUGAACAGUGAACUGCAGCUCCGUCACCCUCUUGGGUGUUUACAUGUCUCUUCCUGAGAUGAGAGGGUUGUGUCAGCAGCACUGCCACUAUUCUUUGCUGUUUGUUGAAUAGUGCAGCAUCUUUGAGCAGUAGUUGUUUUUAGGGUGGAGGAGGCUCAAGGGGCUGUGCUUUCCAAAUUAUAGAAGUGUUGAAUUUCUUGCAGCUCCACCUGGUUACUGCAUUGGAAGCACAGCAUUCAUUUGUAGUCACCCUUUUAUUUAACUUAAAAUUGAAGAGUUUAGAGUUUUUAACCUGAUCAGUAGAGCAGAGAGGUUAAAAGUACCUAACUCUCAUUCAUUACCCACCUUGCCUUGAUGCCUGGGUAUCUGAUCCCUUUCCAUAAACAUUUUUUUUCCUAUCCACCUGACUCUUCAGUAAAAAGCUGCUAUUAUAUAUAUUGUCAGUUAUGAAGGAAGCUGGGGAGUCACAGUUUUAUUUCUGUCAAGUUUUCCCCCAGGCCUUGAUAUCCACUAGCAAGAGUAUCUAUCUUAAAAGUAAGUUGCUUCCCUACCAUUUCCUUUUCCUCUACCCCACCAUUCCUUUUACAGUGCUGUGAAAAGAGUUUCUUGCCAUAGUGGUUAUUAUUAACUUACCUAUUUUAUUUGUUAAUGGACAAUUUUGAGGAUUAAGUGGGAGAAUAUAAUUUCUUCCUUUAGCACCUAUUUCAAUAUGCACAUUCUGAUUGAACGGGGCAGGUCCUUAUAUUUAAUUUCAAAAUAUAUUGUUUCUCCCAGAUUUCCUUCUUAACUUUUUCUAACUUUGGGUCCAUUGUUUUCAUUGCCUCCCUUUUCAGGCAGCUCUAUUCUUGCAGAGCCAUGGCAGAACAUUUUAAAAUGUCACUAGAAAACACUAAAGGAAAAUCUGUAGAAUCACUAGUGACACUUGGAACCUAUUUUUCUCAAUCUUCCUCCAUGUUGUGUUUGUAUUCUCAAGAUGAUAAUAUAUUAUGUAUUUGAAUUGCUGAAAAACUGAAAAUGAAGUUAAGAUAUAUGUAUAUAAAGCAGAUGCUGUAGUGGUGCAAUAAUGGUAAUUAAAAUAGAAAAAAAGGUGC